ACAUUUGAUUUAGCUUUAGCUAGAAUUGCUAGAGCAUGGGCAAAUAAAUGUGUUUGGAAACAUAAUCCUAAUCAAAGGUACCAUCCUGAUCGUAUGUUUAAGCCAACUGGAGAAAAUAUGUGGUUGGGAAGUGCAAGCAGAAAUCCAAUUAAUGUCGAGGGUCCAAUUCGAGCAUUUCAUAGUGAAGUAAAUUACUAUACCUUUUCUACCCAUCAUUGCAGCCGUGUAUGUGGACAUUAUACGCAGAUGGUUUGGGCAGAAACUUACAAAGUUGGCUGUGCUGUUCACUUUUGUCCUAUAGUACAAGGCUUUGGUGGAUCUAAUGCGGCACACUUCAUUUGUGACUAUGGACCUGGUGGGAAUUAUCCAAGAUGGCCAUAUAAAUCAGGAGUAACAUGCAGUGAAUGUUACAAAGAGCCUUGCAUAGACAGACUUUGUGGUGAACUAUGGGUGAAGAAGCCAGAUAGUGAUUCCUACUACAUCAUUGUUCUAGUCCUGAGAACAUCUUCAUUUUUAAUAACUUUUGUAACUGUCUUUUUUCUGAAGCAACAUUAUCCCAGAAUGGAUAUGUAUAAAUAAAUUGGAACAAAAAUAAGCACUUUUGU